AUGCUGAAACCUCAAAUAAUUCAUGAUCAUACCUCACCAAUAACAUUAUUUUCUUGGCAAAAGCCAUUCUUCUCUGGCAAUGGAUGCAUAACCACUUCUUCUUCUUCUAGUUCCAACAAUUUUGGCCGAAAAGCGACUUCAGUAAAAAAGACCUUAAAGGUUAACAAGAUUCGCAAUGGCCUCCGGGAUGAUGAUGCAUCUAGAACUAGGGCACCGGCGGUUUACAAUACCAAAACGGUCGCCUCCACUGAAAAGAGUACACGUGUUAAGGCGAUUGUCACCGUUCAAUCGCCGACGGUGGAAGGAGUGGUGGCGAAUGUAGGUUUAGGUCUAACAAAAGGAUUGGAUGAUAUAACUGACGUCUUCGUCGGAGGUGUCCAAUUAGAACUCGUUGCUGCUGAACUUGACAAUAACGAGAAGCCGACCCUCAAGGCGCUAGGGAAAUUAAGCAAAAAUUCAAUGAAGGAGAUGGUGUAUGAGGCGGAUUUCGACAUAUCGGAGGAAUUCGGGGAAGUUGGAGCAAUAUUGUUUGAGAAUGAGCACCAUUCUGAAAUGUUUGUUAAGGAGAUUGUCUUGGAUGGGUUCUUAACUGGACCUGUUACUUUUAGCUGUGAGUCUUGGGUUGCUACCAAAUCUCAAGCUAAAGGAGAGAAGAGAAUUUUCUUCAGCACCAAGUCGUAUGUACCAUCUGAAACUCCAAGUGGACUGAAGAGAUAUAGGAAAAAGGAGAUUGAAAACCUUAGAGGAGAUGGAACGGGAGAACGAAAGACUUGGGAUAGAAUUUAUGAUUAUGAUGUGUACAACGAUCUUGGCGACCCCGAUAGCAAUCCAGAUUUGGCUCGACCAGUUCUUGGUGGUAAUAAACAAUAUCCUUACCCAAGACGCUGCAGGACUGGCCGGCCUAAAUCCAAGAAAGAUCCCUUAUCUGAAUCAAGGAGUAACAAUGUGUAUGUCCCAAGAGAUGAACAAUUCUCGGAAAUAAAGGGUGGAACGUUUACGACAACCACAGCCUACUCAUUGUUGCACGUAAUAGCCCCAGCACUUGAGGGUAUUAUCGAGAACAGGGACCAGGGUUUUCCUUAUUUUACAGAAAUUGAUUCCCUUUUCAACGAAGGAAUUCACAUCCCAUCGGUGAAUGAGACCCUUUUCGACGUUAUUCCAAACCUUCUCAAAGCUAUGGCCGACACUGGAAAUCAUGUCUUGCUCUUCGAGACUCCCCAAUUUGUCGACAGGGAUAAAUUUGGAUGGCUGAGAGAUGUGGAAUUUUCUCGUCAAACCCUAGCUGGUUUAAAUCCAUGUUGCAUCGAGUUGGUGAAGGAGUGGCCAUUGAAAAGCAAACUGGACCCAAAGGUGUAUGGACCCGCAGAGUCAGCCAUCACAACAGAACUGGUUGAGCAACAAAUUAAAGGUGUUUUCACCGUUGAAGAGGCCCUGAAACAAAAGAAGCUGUUCAUGUUGGAUUAUCAUGACAUACUUUUACCAUAUGUGGAGAGAGUAAGAAAACAGGAAGGCACAACACUAUAUGGAUCAAGGACUCUAUUUUACUUGACCCCUGAUAAUACAUUGACUCCUGUUGCCAUAGAACUAGUUUGCCCUCCAAUUGAUGGAAGGCCUCAAUAUAAGGAAGUUUUCACACCUACUUGGAGUUCAACUCGUAUGUGGCUAUGGAAGCUUGCUAGAGCACAUGUGCUUGCUCAUGACUCUGGUAUUCACCAGUUAGUUAGUCACUGGUUGAGGACUCAUUGCUGCACGGAACCCUACAUUAUCGCGAGCCAUCGCCAGCUUAGCGAAAUGCAUCCAAUCUACCGGUUGUUGCAUCCUCACUUCCGAUACACAAUGGAGAUCAAUGCCUUGGCUCGUCAGUCGCUGAUUAAUGCUGGUGGAAUCAUUGAACAAUCAUUUUCUCCACUCAAGUAUUCUAUUGAGCUCAGCUCUGUUGCUUAUGAUAAGUUGUGUCAAUUUGAUCUCCAAGCAAUGCCAGCUGAUUUAAUCCACAGUGGAAUGGCAGAGCCAGAUCCAACUCCAGAGGAUCCAGAUAAUUUAAAGCUAACAAGAUACCUAAAAGAAUGGGUAACAGCUUAUGUGAAACACUAUUAUCCUGGACCAGAAUCAAUACAAUCUGAUGAAGAACUUCAGGCCUGGCCAACCAUUGCGAGAACCACAAUGCCAACUGAAGAUCAAAGUAAGGAGAGAUGGGAUCUAUUCAUGAGGCGGCCCGAGGGCGAGCUCUUGUCUUGCUUCCCUUCACAAUUUCAGGAAUGUAUAAUUCUUAUUACAGCAGCAGGAAUGUGUAAGAAUAUUCGAACCUGUCACUUUGGCACUGAAUUCUCUAAGCAUUUCCGAAAAAUGGCGUACUCUCUAUACCUGCCGUUCAUCCACCGUCGACGCCAACGGAUCACGCUGAAGGCUGCAACACUGGAUGCUACUUCCACCAUCCGUGUUGAGGGCUGCAGAUCUGGAGCUUUUAAUCCAGAUCUGAAUGUGGCAUAUCCGGCCGCUGCUCCGAUGCCAAUCGAGAGGAACUCCACAUCGACCUCGCGCUCCACUGCCCGAUUUUCAGAUCCGGUAGUCCCAGUCGUCGGUCAUCGAUCCAAACGAUGCGUCCCUAGCCUGGAUCUCCAUCUGUUACAAAGCGGCAUCACCGGCUCUGUAGAGAGUUACAGAUUUGUCUUCAGAUCUGAAGAACAGUCACUGUUCUCCACCCGCGUGGCCGACCAGAUUCACGGCGCCGUUGCCAUUGCUGACGGAAGAAGCCCGCUGCGUUGAAAUUGGCCGGUCCAUUCAAGUCAGCCGGUCCAUCCGGUUUUCGUAGAUCGGAUUCACUAUAGAACCGGCCAGCCUUGGUUCGGUUAACAUUAGCAGACCAGUCCCUACCGGUUUGUUGGUAUCUUUUUAAACAAACCAAAUUGAAUUAUAUUGUUAUUUAUAUGUGUGUUUUAUUGCGGUAACUUAGGAAUUAUAUUUUGGUGACCCUGUUAGGAACAACAGUUUCUGUUUUCAUAUAUAUCACUCAUAGGUCUGGAUACUCC